AUGUCGCUUGUCCUCAUUACGGGAGCAACAGGCUUCAUUGGCUCCUGGGUCUGCCAUCAUGCCCUGGAGGCCGGAUAUCGAGUGCGCCUCGUAGUUCGACACGCACAGGCAACCGACAAACUAGAGCGCGUCUUCUCCCCGCACCUGGAUCAGAUCGAUUUUGUCGUGAUUCCGGACCUCGCAGUUCCCGGAUGCUUCGAUGCACAUCUCCAGGGCGUAGAGGCCGUUAUCCAUGUUGCUUCGCCGGUGCCAGCCCAGGGAGUCCAUGAUUUCAUCGCCCCCGCGGUCCAGGGGACCCUGUCGGUGUUGAAGGCCGCAUUGCAUUUCCCGUCGAUUAAGACGGUGGCUAUUACGGGCUCUGUGCUCUCUGUUAUCCCGUUUGGCGCAGCGAAUAGUGUUACCUCUGUCAAGGAAACAACCGAGAUCGAUCUAUCCGGCAUGCCUGCGGAUCUCACAGACUUGAAACCCCAGCAGCUGUAUCAUGCAAGCAAACUAUGCGCCUACAAAGCCACAAUCGACUUCUACCACGAGCACACCCCCCACUUCGCCAUCGGAGUGGUCCUGCCAUCGUUCGUUUUCGGUCGGAGUCUCUACCAAGAAACACCGGAGCAGCUGAAUGGCACCAACCAACUCCUGUACGCAUCGCUGCUCAAGAACACGCCGUUUUUCACGCAGUAUCUCGGUGUGCAUGUGGCAGACGUGGCGGAGGCACAUAUUCGCGUCUUGAGGAGUCCCGCGCGCGGCCUGCAAUCUUACCUGCUUUCCGCGCCGAAGAGGUCGUGGGUGGACGUUGAUGAAUUCGUGCGAGGGACGUAUCCGGAUUUGCCUGUCACACUAGAUCCGGUGGCGUUGCCAUGUCCGACACUGGACGUGAGUAAGGCCGAGAACGAGUUGGGGAUUGUGUUUAAGCCGAUGGAGGUACAGGUUGCUGAUGUCGUGGACCAGCAGCUGGAACUUGGCAAGAAUGCGUGA